UCUAGUGGACGGUUCUUCAGAAACAGCUCGUCAACCACCUCGGUAGCUUGCUAGCCAACAUAGCCGAAAGAUUCAAGCUAUUUAUACGCUUUCGGUGUAUAUUAGGUACUGUGUUUUAGACACACUUCUGUUGUAUCUACUUGUUAACCUAUUUAAUUUAAUAUUACGUUAUUUUGUAUUAGUCAGCUAUAGUAGCUGGCUGGUUAAAUUAGCACUAGCCUAGUCGCUAAUGAUAGCUAGCUACCUAACAUCCCCGAACAUGAGCUCCCUAAACUACUCUCCUCCUGUUAAAGAAGAGGAGAUCUGCUGGACGGAGAAAGAAGCUCUGGGGCUGAACAUUGUCGUGAAAGAGGAGAAGGCAGAGAAGGAUGUCACAGUUAAACAAGAAGUAGAGGGUGAUGCUGUUACAGAGGAAGACGCGUUCAGAGUGAAAGAGGAGGAUGUUACAGUAAAAGAAGAGGAGGAAGAGAAAGACGAGGAUGCAGUUUUUGGAGUGAAGAAGGAAGGGGAGAUUACUGUCACAUUGAAAAAUGAAGAUGAAGGGGUGGAGAUAGGAGAUCUGAUUAAAACCAGAGAGAGACGGGACUAUUGUGGAUCCUCUGGGGAGCCUCAACAACAUCACGAUGCAGAGCAGAGUCUCUCCACAUCAAAACAUCUCAAGAAACACCUGCAAAGAUCCACAGGGAAGAAAUCUCACUGCUGCUCUGACUGUGGGAAGAGUUACUCAAGAUCCGAUUCACUUAAACUACACCAGAGAAUUCACACAGGUGAUAAAUCUCACUGCUGCUCUGAUUGUGGGAAAUGUUGCAAAUCUUCAUCAGAACUUAAAAUACAUCUGAGAAAUCACACAGGAGAAAAACCUUACUGCUGCUCUGACUGUGGGAAAUGUUUCUCAAGAUCAGAUUCACUAAAACUGCACCAGAGAAUUCACACAGGUGAUAAAUCUCACUGUUGCUCUGAUUGUGGGAAAUGUUGCAAAUCUUCAUCAGAACUUAUUAUACAUCUGAGAAAUCACACUGGAGAGAAACCUUACUGCUGCUCUGACUGCGGGAAAUGUUUCUCAAGAUCAGAUUCACUAAAAGUUCACCUGAGAAUACACACUGGAGAGAAAUCUCACUGCUGCUCUGAAUGUGGGAAGAGAUUCAACUCUUCAGUAGACCUUAAAAUGCAUCAAAGAAUUCACACAGGAGAGAAACCUUUUGGCUGCGAUCACUGUGGGAAUAGUUUUACUCAGCAAAGCAACCUAAAAUCACAUCAGAGAAUACACACAGGAGAGAAACCUUAUGGCUGUGCUCAAUGUGGAAAGCGUUUUUCUCAGCAAAGCAACCUGAAAUCACACCAGAGAAUACACACUGGGGAGAAACCUUAUGGCUGUGAUCAAUGUGGGAAGAGUUUUACUUUGUCAAGCUGCCUGAUAGUGCACCAGAGAACACACACUGGAGAGAAACCUUUUAGCUGUGAUCAAUGUGGGAAAUGUUUUGUUACAUCUGGCAAUCUGAUUGUACACCAGAGAACACACACAGGAGAGAAACCUUAUAGCUGUAAUCAAUGUGGGAAGAGUUUUACUCAGUCAAGCAGCCUAAUAGUGCAUGAGAGAACACACACACAGUAGAGAAGCUUCACCACUGUUCAGAUUGUGGGAAAAGCCUUUCAACAUCAAACACUUUGAAGCUGCACCAGAGAACACACACAGGAGAAAAAUCUAAUAGCUGUAAUCAAUAUGUGAAUGGUGAAUGAAUGAAUCCCACCUAGUAAAAUGUUGUUUUUUCAAUGACUUGAAAACAACUUAAUUUCAACGUACUUGCAGCCUAUACACAUGGACACAGUAUAAUAAAUUGGUCUAAAUCAAUUUUAUUAACAAUCCUACAUCACUCCAGUAUUUCUUGACAACAUUUAAAUGCUAAUGGUCUUUAUUCCACUACUGAAGAAGCAUGACUCAAAUCACCUCAUAUUUCAAACAUCCAGCCUGACAAAAUAUACAUGUUUUAUUAUUCCAUGCAUCACCACUAAGUGAAUUAUUGCCAAUACAUAUUAACAAAGGGGUGAACAUUUGGUGUUCAUAUUUACAUUUAGUAAUCAUAAUUAUUUAUACACCAACUGACAAUUUGAGUACAAUUAUAUUGACAUUGUUAUCCUGCUUUUAUAAUAUCAUUCUCAGAUGUGCCAACCCAAAUGUACUAGAGCAUGACAUUGGGGACUGGGCCCAGAUCCAACAACAUGCCUAUCUAGUGAACCCUGAAAAGAGAGAGAAGCUCCACGGUGAGGUGGAAAGUUACUACGGAUAUUGCAGGAGUUUCCUCUUGAAAUCAGAUAUGUCCGUGGUAAGGACAACUUGGUUGUUGAUUGUCUUCAGGGGGGUGUAGUCGAUCACAAUUGAUUUUGACUGCAAGUUUUUCCGUAUUGGAGAUGAUUUUUGUUUGAGCUCGUUCCAAGGGGACGAGAGUUCUAGAAGCUAGUGAGUUUUAGGAAGAGGAGAGUUCUAGAAGACAGUGGAGUUUUUUUUCAAAAUUAGCUUUAGGAUUCUAUAGAAAGAAAAAGGUCAGAAAUAAUACUAUAGUAUAUUAUUAUUUAGAAAUACAUUUGAUUGUUUUUAAUUGUUGACAGCCAGUAGACACCAUGUUAAUAUUGUAGAAUGUGAAGCAUUGUAGUUGAUUAUAAUGUGAAAUGGAAGUGUUGGUGGUGUGCAAACCUUUCCAUCAAAAAUGUAGGAUAUAUUUGUUAUUGUCUUAAGGGGAAUGUGUUACUGGCUUUGGUUUUUCCAUUUAUGUUUUGAGGUUGGACUUUAGCGCGUUAGCACAUUUCGCUCAUUAGCACGUAUAGCUUGUUAGCACGUAGGGCGCACUGAUUGGUGUCACCUCGUUAGUCAGUAUGUGUUACACCAGUUCUUUUGUUUGCCUCUUCUUGGGCAGAUUUAAUGGGUCUCAUGGUGGGGGACUUUUAUGUCCCAGUUGUUAUUACUAGUCAACUUUCAGUGGACACUGAUAGCAAAAAUUGCAAGAUUAUGUUAUAAUACUUUUAUUGCAUCAAAUGGUUGUUUUAUGCAACAGAAUAGAGGGUUCUUAUAACUAUUGUGUCUGUGUGUUCUACUGAGGAUGGGCCUCUGGGAGAAAACACUGACAGGAGAUUUACAAUGUAUUUUGGGUGAUAAAUCCUAAAGAGACCACAUUCCAGAGCAUGAGUUAAUAUUCUAUAUGGUACCAGGGAGAGAUGACCCCAGGGCCAGACCCCUGGUCUCUACACAAAGACUACUGUUUUUAUAGCAGAUACUGUCUGCUGAGAAUUAUAACUCUUUCAUACAAAUCUUAACCUUGUGACCCGUUCUAUACAUCUGUUGUUCAUGUAGGUUGAGAGGGGUGUUUCUUGGCUAUAAAAGACCUUUGUACUUUCAUCUGGGGGUGAUUCGUCAACCAGCCAUCAUUAUCGCAGAGCACUCAAUUGAUUCACUUUAUACGUGUGCGUUGUAUUGCCCUGCUCCCAUAUUAAGUGAAUAAAGAUUUAGUUUAAGAAUAA